AUGGCAAUCGGCGCAGUCGUUUGGCACCGGAAUUUCGAAUCUUUCAUCGGUCCCGGAAGAGUACGUCAUGGAGAAGCUGCUACAACAAAUAAAAGAGGAGAUCUGUUGGGUGUUUCUGCUGCACAAUGUGUAAAUAAGAAAAUGUUUUGCAGCAAGCUAUAUCUUCCAAGGGGAUUAUGUGGAUACACAUAUAACUCAUCUCUUCACACUGGUGGUUGGUCAAACAGUAAAUUUUUGAGAUCAAAAUCGCCAUCUCAUGUUGAAGCUUUCCCCUCAGAGUCCCAGCUAUUGAAUGAGAACUUUAUUUUCAUCAAUCAUGGGCAAAGAAUGAGAGGAAUAUGUAAAUACAGCCCUUUUUCAUCAUGCUUCAAUGACAAUAGUAUACAACCAAGGAAGUUAGAUAAACUUGGCUUCAUUGAUAGGCAACACCUUUCGUCCAAGCAUACAAUAGUAACAAGGACCAGAGCUGACUUCAAAUCUGAAGAGCAUGACAUAACAGGAACUAAGUCGGAGUCGGUUAGAUCGUCUGAGAUGGCAAGUGAAGCUGUUUUACUUGAAGGAAAUGAGCAAUCACAACCUUGGUGGAAGCAGCUUCCAAAACGAUGGGUGAUAGUGAUGCUUUGUUUUGCUUCAUUUCUGUUGUGCAAUAUGGACCGUGUGAACAUGAGCAUAGCAAUACUUCCAAUGUCCAAGGAAUUCAACUGGAAUAGUGCUACCGUUGGUCUAAUUCAGUCUUCAUUCUUCUGGGGUUAUCUGCUAACACAGAUUGUUGGAGGCAUAUGGGCAGAUAAAAUUGGUGGGAAGCUAGUACUUGGUUUUGGAGUUGUUUGGUGGUCUGUUGCAACAGUUUUGACGCCCAUUGCAGCCAGAAUCGGGCUUCCGUUCUUACUUGUCAUGCGUGCCUUAAUGGGAAUAGGCGAGGGAGUUGCUAUGCCAGCUAUGAAUAAUAUGUUAUCUAAAUGGAUUCCUGUCUCUGAGAGAAGCAGAUCACUUGCUCUAGUAUACAGCGGUAUGUAUCUUGGUUCAGUGACUGGUUUGGCUGUAUCUCCUGUAUUGAUCCACAAAUUCGGGUGGCCAUCUGUUUUCUAUGCUUUUGGUUCCCUUGGAAGCAUCUGGUUUGCACUGUGGUUGAAGAAUGCACACAGUUCACCAGAAAAAGAUCCAGAACUGAGUGCAGAGGAAAAGAAACUGAUAUUGGGAGGCAGCAUACCAAAGGAACCGGUCUCUGAAAUUCCAUGGAAAAGAAUUUUAUCCAAGGCACCUGUCUGGGCUCUCAUCGUCUCCCAUUUCUGUCAUAAUUGGGGUACAUUUAUUCUAUUGACAUGGAUGCCUACUUACUAUAACCAGGUGUUGAAGUUCAACCUCACUGAAUCCGGACUGCUCUGUGUGCUUCCAUGGCUUACCAUGGCCGUGUUCGCUAAUAUAGGUGGUUGGAUUGCAGACACCCUUGUCAGCAAAGGUCUUUCGAUUACAUCAGUUCGUAAGAUAAUGCAGUCAAUAGGGUUUUUAGGCCCCGCCUUCUUUCUAACACAGCUUAAGCAUGUGAAAACACCUGCUUUAGCUGUGUUAUGCAUGGCAUGCAGUCAGGGAUCCGAUGCAUUCUCACAGUCUGGACUGUACUCCAAUCACCAAGAUAUUGGGCCUCGUUAUGCUGGAGUACUGUUGGGGUUAUCUAAUACAGCCGGCGUGCUGGCUGGUGUAUUUGGUACCGCUGCCACUGGAUACAUACUCCAAAAGGGUUCAUGGGAUGAUGUGUUCAAAGUGGCUGUUGUACUGUACAUUAUAGGCACAUUGGUGUGGAACUUCUUCUCCACAGGAGAGAAAGUUCUGGACUAG